AUGGAAGGCGCUGUGGGAGGAGUCGGCCUCCUCCGCGAACCCGCCAAGUUCGCCACACGCUGGGCGGAGAAUCCGAAGGAGCUCUCGGCACUGCUGAAUCGCCUGGCAAAUGGCGGAGGCGAUGUGUUCCGUGCCCUGCACCAGCUUCGAAAGGCCAACGUGCCUUUGAACGUCGUGCAUGUCAACGUGGCCAUCAAGGCCGCCCGAUCCAGCUGGCCCUUGGCACUCCAGGUGCUCUGCGAGGCUCCCGACCUGACAGUAGAUCCCGAUGUCGUCUCCUUCAACUCGGUGAUCAGUGCCUGCCGAGCUAGUUGGCCUUGUGCGCUGGCACUGCUGGAAAGCAUGGAAGCAAAGCGGGUGGCUGCGACGGAAGUCAGCUACAGCUCGGCGAUCAACGCUUGCAGCGAUGCCUGGGAGGUGGCAGUGGAGCUGCUGAAGACCAUGCACGAGGAUGCUUUGCUUCCCUACGUCGUGGCCUUCGGUGCCGCCAUCAACGCCUGCGCCCGCGCGGGGCAGGGCGCAGCUGCGCGGGAGCUGCUGCAGGAGAUCGGGCAGAGGCGUCUGCAGGUCAACGAGAUUGCCUUCAAUUCCGCCAUCUCCGCCUGCGAAAAGGCCGGGGACUGGGAAGAGGCGGCCGGUCUCCUCUGGCAGAUGUCUGAGCGCCGCAUGUCGGCAGAUGUUGUGAGCCACAACGCCGUCAUCAGCGCGUUCGAGAAGGCAGGGCAGUGGGAGAGGGCCAUCCAGCAGCUGCAGGUGAUGUCCCACGAGAAGGUGAUCCCCGACACCAUCUCUUACAAUGCCCUGAUCUCCGCCUGUGGCCGGGCCGGGCAGUGGGAGGUGGCGCUGGAGGUCUUGGCAAGAAGGCUUUGGGCUCGACGAGCUGAUGUGCAUGGGGUCACCGCCGCGCUGAGUGCCCUGGGCCAGGCGAAGCUCUGGCCCAGAGUGCUGGCACUUCUGGAGGACAUUGACUCUGUGUCCCUUCGGCCGACUUCUGCAGUUUGCAACGCCGCAAUUGGGGCCUGCGAUGCGGCGGGGCAAUGGCAGAGGGCGCUGCUGCUGCUGGGCUCCAUGCCGAGGCACAAUAUCCAAGCCGAUCGCAUCAGCCGUGUCACAGCGAUCAGCGCUUGUGGUCAGGCCUCAAAGUGGCAGCUUGCCCUCUCACUGUACAGCUCGGCAGACGGCCCCUCGGGCGUGGCGGCGGCCGCCUCUGCCUGCGGGAAUGCCAGCCAAUGGGCCAGAGCCCUCGUCAUGAUCGACAGUCUUCCAAGAGCCUCCUUGGACGAGGUCAGCUAUGGGGUAGCGAUCCGGGCCUGCCAGGAGCCGCGCAAGUGGCAGCUGGCGGUCCACCUCCUGGAAGAGAUGUGCAGUCAGGCCCUCCGCGCCAAUGCAAUUUGCAUCAGUGCGGCGGUGGUUGCCGCCAAGGAAGCUUGGCCAGCCGCACUGGCACUGCUCCGUCUGGCGCCCAGCGAAGCAGGCUAUGGCGCAGCUGUCCGCGCGUGCCAAGAAGCUGGAGAGUGGGCGGCUGCGCUCGCGCUGCUGACGGAGUGUCGGCGAAGCAUCAACCAGGACAACCUCGCAGUCACGACGCUCACGUUGUCGGCAUGUGCGCAAGUCCGCCAGUGGCAACAGGUGCUCUCCCUUGCAGAGUUGCUUUGUGCAGAUGCUGCGGAGUGCGAGGCUUCGGAGCUGGGCCCUGCGCUGUCCGUCGCGCUGGCGGAAUGCGAAGUCAGGUCCUUGACCUUCGUCGAGCGCCGGCUCCUCCGACACCUGGGCCGUCGGGACUUGGACACCGCUGCUUCAGAGCUGCUGCGAUUGUCGGGUGCUUGGCGGCGGGAUCGAUUUCCCCUGGCUGCCGCCAGGGCGGCAUUGCAGGCGCCAGCCGCGGCGGCAUCGGCGAGGAGCUACCAUCGGGAAGUAGGGCUCCUUCGCAAAGUCUUUGACGAGGCUCAGCCUGGCGAUGUGGAGGCCAUCGUGCAGACCCUGGACCACUUCGGUGAGGACCUGGAGUGGGCGAAAUUCGCCGGGAAAAGCAAGGGCAAGGCCAUCGUGGCGGCCCUCUGUGGCGCCGCACCAUCAAAAGCCGCAUCGAGCCCCAGGAAUCUGGGCAUCCUCGAGAUCGGCACCUACUGUGGCAACUCCGCGCUGCGCCUGGCCGCGGCCCUGCCCGGCGUCCCGCUCACGUCUUUGGAGCUCGAUCCUGUCUGUGUUGCCGUGGCCAGGUGCCUCCUUGGCUUUGCGGGGCUGAGCGCCCGAGUUCAGGUGUGGACCGGCCACAGUCGCCUGCUCCUUCCGACCUUGAAAUCGCGGCUGCAGCCGGCAGGGGAUUCGGAAUCUUGGCGCUUCGGCGCCCUGCUCGUGGAUCGCUGGGGCACAGAGUAUGACGAAGAUUUGGAUUUGGUGGAACAGCAUCAGCUGCUGCUCGAAAAUGGCGGCUUGAUUGUGGCAGACAAUGUGCUUUCCACUGCGGCGGCACAGUACCUGUGGAGGACCUCGGCGCUUGCAGGCGGCAUGCCGGAAGGCUGCGGAGGCCCUGGCGGCAUGGCCUUGUGCUACACUUCGCAGGUUGUGUCAGUGCAGGAAGUGGCCGACAGUUCUCAGGAGGACUGGGUGUCCGUGGCCGUCAGCUCCGGGAGACGGGUGAGGAGUGACCGUCCGGCGCAGGAGAUUCCGGAGGAGCUCGCAGAGCUCAACCGCCUGUCUAUGUGCCUCCGCCCGCGCGUCGUGGGCCCGAGCGGCAACCAGGUGGCUGCGGUCGAGAUGCCGCAGCUGGCAGUCCAGGCCAAGGCAGCCUUCAAACGCGCGAAUCUUGGACCGGUCGAGUGGCCCCGUGAGGGAGAAAAAAUGGCGCGCGAGAAGGGCCUCCGCUUGCCGCCAGAUGAUGUGGAAAAGGCUAGAGCUUGGGAUGUCUCCCCUUCUACUUAA